CUUCUACCUAGUCAACGAGUUUGCCAACUCUCCAGUUCCUAUCAACGCCCAGAGACGCAUAAAUAUGGCUAGGGCAAUCGUUGAGCUGGCCAUCGACUCACUGAAUGCGCAUCGCAAUCUCGACUGGCUCAAGGAUCUCGCUAAACAAGAGUUGGAACGUUGGGAGUAUAAGAUCGUCGACGAGCUUGACGACAUGAAAUUUGUCAGUUACCUGGACACUACGCUUGACGAGCCGUUGGAAGGCAAGGACAAGAGGAGGAUGUCUCUGCUGGUGUCCAGAAGGGCGUUGACGGUGAAGGUGACGAGUGGGAAGGCUGGAUGCUUGUCUGGGUUGCCAGUCAAAUCCGAGGGUUGCAAUACGGAAACUUAUCAAAGCCAUGUCGCCACAUAG